CGGUAUAAAUAAUAACAACUAAGGGUCCGGGACGUUCAUGUCGAGACGCUCCUGCUCGUCCGCUCCCGCCGCGUCCGCAUUCGCACGACGACGUUAGUCGCGCUUGAGGAAGUGGAGUUCGGGACUGCGCCGCCGCCGCCGCCGCCGCCGCCGCUGUGGAGAGUCGAGGCCAGCAGACAGACGUUGCAUCAUGUCGGUCGACAGCGUGUUCCGGACCCGGUCCCUCGGCGUGGCCGCCGUGGGGCUCCCCGAUCAGUACGCGGACGGCAAGGCGGCCAAGGUGUGGCAGCUGUACAUCGGGGACACGCAGGGCAGGACGGAGGAGUACCGGAGCUGGGUGGUGUCCCUGCUGAGGCAGCAGGGCGUGCGCGACGUGCUGGACGUGGCCUGCGGAACAGGAGUUGACUCCAUUAUGUUGGUUGAGGAGGGAUUCAAGAUGGUGAGUGUGGAUGCCAGUGACAAAAUGCUCAAGUAUGCGCUGAAGGCAAGGUGGGAGAAGAGAAAAGAACCAGCCUUCGACCAAUGGGUGAUUGAGGAGGCCAACUGGCUGACGUUAUCCGAAGACAUUCAGAAACCGGGAGAUGGUUUUGAUGCUGUCAUCUGCCUUGGCAACUCAUUUGCCCACCUACCAGACUUUAAAGGGGACCAGAGUGACCAGAGGCUGGCCCUUCAGAACAUUGCCAGUAUGGUCAGACCAGGGGGGAUUCUUAUCAUUGACCACCGCAACUAUGACUAUAUCCUGGAGACUGGCCGGGCACCCCAAGGCAAGAACAUCUACUACAAGAGUGACCUGACUCAGGAUAUCUCCACUUCAGUUCUGUGGGUCAAUAACAAACCUCACAUGAUUACACUGGACUACACCAUCCAGGUGCCACAGACCAAUGUUCAGAAUCCUCCUGAAGUCAGUAAGUUCCGUCUGUCCUACUACCCUCACCGUCUGGAAAGCUUCAAAGCUCUUCUGCAGGACGCCUUCCAGGGCAAGAUGGAGCACAGCGUCUAUGGAGACUUCAAGACUUACACCCCCGGCCAGAGUCAAGCUCCGUGUUAUUUUAUCCACGUCUGCAAGAAGAAGGCUUAAGAUGCACACUGUUUUUCUAAGAAAUGCGUUCUCUCCACUGCGUCCCUGUUUCUUUUCCUACAGUUCCGGGUAACGCCACAUCUGAACACGUUUUCAAAACACUUGUCGUGGUCUUUGUUGUGAAAAUACAAAUCAUUUCAAGUUUUACUCAAUUCUCAUGUUCGUUAGGGAUCCUAAAAUAACUUGUUUAGCCUGAACAUCACAAUUUGGAAUAGCAAUUAAAUUGUUUCCUGCAGGAAUAACUUGAAAAAAAAUGUAUCCAAUGCUGAUUUGUGUUAUUAUUUAAUGAUCCAAAGAUAUUUUAAUGUCUAAUUAAAUGGGUGAGGGGAUUUUUCUGAAGUAAAAGGAAAAACCUUAAGUUUGUCAAAAGCUCCAGAGCAGUCAGCGGUCUCCAGAAUAAUGAAGCCGGU